GAACAUUUUCCCUUCUCAGCUCAGAAGAGGCAUCAAUUACCCCUCUCUUGGUGUUCUCUCUUGCUAGGCCUGACCUGGACUGGACAAUUUUUCUGUAAUAUUGAACUGUAUUUCCGCAUUUCCGAUAACGGAUCUUGGUACCCAGUGGACCUGUACAGGGUGAAGCUUAUCCUAGCGCGUUGAGGGGCAGCUCUGGUGGUUCCUUCGGAAAAGUGACGCCGACCCCAGGAACUGGUUUGCCCUGCCCUGCCCCGCCCCGCCCCGCUUCUCGACCAUCACAAGCCAAGGCCAUAUCCACAAGCUGUGGAGUGAUGGUCCAUUGAACCCCGCGCCCCAUAAGCUGAACCGUCGUCCUUCCUCCGGUAAGAGAAAAAGGUUCUUUUCUGCAUCUCCUCUCCCGGUUUCCCGGAUUCUUAAUCUACAGUUUUCCCAAACUCAAUUCAACCUCUCCUCCCAAUCAACAACUGAUAACCGCAAUCAUGUCGGCCAAACACUUUAUCAACGACCCAACACAUCUUGUGAACACUGCUCUCCACGCCUUAACCAUCACCAAUCCAUCUAUUGCUCUCGAUGCCGAAAACAAGAUUGUCUACAGACGACCAGGACAUACUCCACAAGUUUCUAUAAUUUCUGGAGGUGGAAGUGGGCACGAACCAAGUUUUGGAGCUUUUGUUGGAGAUGGAUUGCUAUCAGCAGCUGUGGCAGGCACAAUCUUCGCCUCGCCAAGUGCAGAGCAGAUCCGAAGAGCUAUCAUGUCUAGAGUUGAUAGCGAGAAAGGUAUCCUGGUUACGGUUAUGAAUUACACGGGAGAUGUGCUGAACUUUGGUAUGGGCGUUGAGAAAGCGAAGGCGGCGGGACUGAAGGUCGAAAUGCUGGUUGUGGCAGAUGAUGUUGGUGUGGGACGAAAAGCAGCAGGCAAGGUUGGUAGAAGAGGAAUUGCUGGAACUGUGCUGGUGCACAAGAUCGCGGGAGCUUUGGCUGCGAAGGGUGCGAGUUUGGAGGAUGUCUACAAGGUCGCGAAAUUGACUGCGGAGAAUCUUGUCAGUGUUGGAGCCAGUUUGGAUCACGUUCAUGUCCCAGGACGAGCUCUUCCUGAUCCAAAUUCGGAUGAAAACCUAUCCGCAGAAGAGGUCGAGAUUGGAAUGGGCAUUCACAACGAGGCUGGAAGUGGCAGAGCAAAGGUGGAUCUACCAGAGUUGGUGAAGCGGAUGCUGGCGCAAAUGUUGGAUUCGAAGGACGAAGAUCGAGCAUAUCUCAAUGUCAAUUCGAACGAAGUGGUCCUACUUAUCAACAAUCUCGGUGGUGUUAGUGUUCUUGAGCUUGGCGGCAUUACUGCUGAAGUUGUUGGCCAACUGGAAAAGACUUACAACGUCAAGCCGAUCCGAAUAUUGGCUGGGACAUAUAUGACGAGUCUGAACGGCCUUGGCUUUAGCAUCUCUAUCCUCAAUGUUGUCAACACAAACAUCGGCGGACCAAGUAUGUUACAACUUCUGGAUGCUCCUUGCGAAGCCGCCGGCUGGGCAGCACCCAUCCGAAAGGAAACCUGGGAAGCAAAGUCUACGCAGACUCGAGAAGGAGCUACAGGCGCCGAAGAAGAGGCUAAGGAAAGCGGACUGAAAGUUGAUUCGGAGCUUUUCAAGACUCAACUUUCGGCAGGUCUGGACAGAGUGGUUGCUGCUGAAGCAGAUGUCACGAAAUACGAUACAGUUGUUGGCGACGGUGAUUGCGGUAUAGGGUUGAAGCGUGGUGCAGAAGCUGUUCUCAAGUUACUUUCGGAUACGAAGCUAUCAGGAGAUGUUGUUCUUGAUCUGAGUAAGAUCGUUCAAGUUGUCGAGAACACAAUGGACGGAACUUCAGGAGCUCUAUACGCCAUCUUCUUGAAUUCUCUAACUCACUCCCUCCGCCAACAAGGCUCAGGCGAAGCGACGCCGAAGAUUUGGGCCGCAGCUCUAAAGCAAGCAUCCGAAUCACUCUCAACCUACACACCUGCACAGCCAGGGGACAGAACUCUAAUUGACGCCUUACAUCCAUUCGUGGAAACACUCGGCUCAUCCGGCGAUCUCAAGAAAGCUGCUGAAGCAUCAAGAAAGGGAGCAGAGGGUACGAAGGGUAUGAAGGCAAGUCUUGGUAGGACGGUGUACAUUGGUGGAUCAGGAUUUGAACAAGUUCCUGAUCCUGGUGCCUGGGGUUUGAGCGAGUUUUUCCUUGGACUAGCGGGUAUUAAGAGCACGGAAUCUGAGUACGAGAUGGUCUGAGAUCUGAGAUGGUGAUUGCGGUGGUCUUUAUGCGGCUCGCGGGAUCGUAGCAAUAUAUCCUUUUUCCCUGCGAGUCGAUUUUGCAUAUAAAUAUUCUGUUC